AUGUUCACGGAUGGCAAUUCAUACACGGCAUGGGUGGAAUAUGAGCCUGGGGAUCCGGGCACCAUUCGAGUGUUCUUGACGAGCUCGAAUGAGAAGCCAGAGGAGCCGCUGCUGCAGGCGGGGAUGUCGCUGUGUGCGGUGCUGCAGCCGCGGGUGAAGCAGCAGCAGGCGGCGUUCUCGUUUGGGUUUACGGCGUCCACCACUGUGAAGCCCUUCCACCUGCAUGGCAUUCUCUUCUCCUCUGUGCAAACAGGCAAGGCCUCUAUUUUGGGCAGGUGGGGUGAUGCUGACUGCGUUGAUGAUAGAUUCGGGGUGGUGGUGGCAUUUGUCGCGCUAGUGGUAGCUAAUCAGCAUGGACUUGCCUUUGCUACCCACUCUUGUGGUGCUCUCUCCCUAUCCAAGACCCAACCAGCACUCUCUUGUGUCCAACCAGCACUCCCUAUCCUUCUCUUUCGUCUUGUGGUUUUCACAACAGGCGCCCCUUCAACCAAGGUCGUGCAGACCAAGGAGCAAGCCCUCGGCCUCUCACUGUCAGAGGCCACAUUCGCACCGACUCGAGCCAGUCCCUUUUCGCGCUAUGUGAGUGCGGACUUCAAGCUGUCGGCCACCAAAGCGGACUCGUGGAGCAUUCGUGACUUCCACACGUGGGACUCCGUGCCCUUCCUCAACUGGCCUGUCAAGAACCAGAACGACUGCAUGGUGGCGAGUGUGGAGGCGGCAUACGGCAUUGCCAAGCAGCAGAGCGCCCCCCGGCUGGCAGUGGAGGCGCUCUUCACCCUCAUGGGGCUCUCCGACUCCGACAAGUGCUCCGCUGGCGGCUCCCCCACGCAGGCCUUUGAGACGCUCACAGCUCUCGAUGCCUCCAGUGGGCUUACAGGGGCCAGCGACCCGGCAACAACGUACCCAGUACAGGCAUUUGAGCGAGCGCAUUUCAAGGGGUAUGUGGGGCUCAUGCUGGCAGUGCAGCGACAGCCAGUGGUGGUUCACAUCGAGGCGUCUCCAACCUUCAUGCUCUAUGAUGGGACGUUCAAGUACCAGGAUCCUGGUUGCUACACGGGCAAUCUCAACCACGUUGUACUCGUUAUUGGCUACUUCAUCACAAGAAACGAUGGCAGCCAGAACCGCAUUGCGCCUCCGUUUUGGAUCAUCCGCAACUCGUGGGGAGAAGAGUGGGGAAAGAGGGGUCAUAUGCGCAUGGACAUUCAGGGAGGGGAUGGCGUGUGUGGCAUCAACGUGCUGCCUGGAAUCUACCCCAUUGUCAAGAUUCCUGGCGACCCCUGCGGCCAGAGCAGCUACAAGGGCGAUGGGGAUUUGCAGCCCAGCAUGAACCCGUGCGGUCGCUUCCAGUGCCAGGGGACUGCAGCAACCACCAACAACUGCACCUGCAAUAUUCCUGCUGCUCCUGUGCAGCCCUUUGUGGAGGUUGAGAAUGGAUACGGCUCCAACACAUGUGCUUAUGGUGAGUUCUGUGGCAAUUGA